CAAAGAGGAGAGAGGAGAGAGAAGGCGGAGAGGGAGGGCUUAAAUGCUGGGUGAGAAGUUUUCUUUAGCGUUGAGCGAAGUUUGGCUCAACUGGAUUGAGCCAUAGAAAGGUCGCUUUUGCAUUAAGGGAAAACACUAUGAGAUAAUGAUCAUAUCCAAGAUUUAUCAGCAGUGGAGUGUUUGGAAACACGCUCAUAUAGUAGCUCGUGUCCUACAUUAAACAAUGCCAAACGGAAAUCAGACAGAGUUGUAUUUGUCUGAGCAGGUGGUCGUGUUGUGUACCUGCGCCCUGUCGUUGCUGGGCUCCACUCUGAUCAUCCUCACCUACAUUAGUUGGUCAGAUUUGAGGACAACACCGAGGAAACUGUUGGUUUACCUGUCGGUGUCUGACUGGCUGUCAGCCGUCUCUUACGCCUUCGGAGUCUGGAGUGUUUUCCGCACUAACUCGCCAGAAUGCGUCGCUCAAGGAGCGAUAUCCACUUUUGCCAACACCAGCAGUUUCUUCUGGACAGUAGCCAUCGCUGUGUACCUUUACGUUUUCAUCGUCAGGUCCAGUCAAAGAGUCGCUGACAGCCUGGUUGUCUUUUUUCACAUUGUCAGCUGGGGUGUCCCUCUGGCCAUCACUGUCACCGCUGUUUGUCUCAACAAGAUUGGUUAUGAUGCAUCUGAGGUGUCGGUGGGCUGGUGCUGGGUCAGGAUCGAAGCUCCAGACCGGAUCCUAUGGAUGCUCCUGACAGGGAAAAUCUGGGAGUUCCUGGCGUAUCUCACUCUCCCUGUGCUCUACAUUCUGAUCAAGAGGCACAUCCAUAGAGCGCAUGCAGCCCUGUCUGAGUACCGUCCCAUCUUGGCCAACAGGCCUCCAUCACACUCCUCCUCCUCUAUGGCUGAUAUGAAGCUGACUCUCAUUCCCAUCAUCUUCAUUAUUCUGCGCAUUUGGAGCACCGUGCGCUUCAUACUGCUACUCACUGAGGCUCCAGUCAGACAGAACCCAGUGCUGGUGACACUACAUGGAAUAGGCAACACCUCCCAGGGAGCAGCCAACUGCAUCAUGUUUGUUCUGUUUACUCAGCCGAUCCGCACACGGCUCUGCACUGCGCUCUGCUGCUGCGUUUCUAGGUGCAGAGAGGUGCAGCACUCCCAUGGUGCCUCACAGAGGCUGCAGCCUGAACAGGACUCCUCCAUCCAGAGGGAGGAAGACAGCACCAGCCGAGUACGGACAGACAGAUGAUAAUUUACUCCGUGGAUGGGUAAAGACAGACUGAAAAGCUGACGCAAAGGGAGCAGUGGAGGUCUUCACUUUGAGUCAGGCCUCAUUAAAGCAAGUGCCUGUAGGGAGGAGUGUAGAUUCUGCAGGUGCAUGCACAUCUGUUACAUACUUGCACUGUGGGUGAUGGGAUGAUGCUGUUUGAUUGUACACCAGCAUUUAAUGAAGUGCUCUUUUACUUUAGGUUGUUUCUGGUACACUUCAUGAAGAACUGUAACAUGAGUUUACUGUAGUGCCUCUAUUUAUCAUGUACUGUUUUUUUGUUUCAGCAUUGAGGUUUUGAUAUGUCUUCUGCUGAGAACAGUAAAACAAUCCGAGUCAUUAAAAACCGUAUGAUUUGUUUAACUGAUGUUGAACUUUUACAGAACAUCUAAAGAGAUAGCUCACCCAAGACAUCUUUGAACUUUACUCUCUGAUUACUUGAAUGGUUUUACACAGAAACCAGCAAAUAUGGUCAGUCUGAACUUCAGAAGAAGAAAAUAUCUCUACUGCAUCUCAUUCCAGUCCUGCAGCAUGACCUACAGCAAUGUACCUCUCUGCAGUUAAAGAAGCUUGGACUUCAUUUAGUUAAAAUGCAUUUAGAUAAAUAAUAACUAAAUUUAGUGGUUUGCAAAACACUUCAGAACUAUGUUAAAUUGAUUAUAGCACCAAGAUGGCAUAACUAAUGUUUAGAUAAAAAAAAAUUAUACACUUUAAGGAAAGUAGAAAAGUCAUCUUGUUAUAAAUUUGAGUUCAAGAUAUUUUUUAAAAUGUAUGAACAGGAACAUGUUUCUCUUUAUUUUGCAACUCUGACAGUUUGCAAACCAGGGAGAGCAGUUUCAUUUUUUGUGCUUAAUAUAGGUUCAAUAAUUUGGAGGCUCAUCUAACUUGCAUUUAAUUUUAUUUUGCACCACAUGUUUUGUAUGGGGGGCGGUUCAACCAAACCAGUUCAGCAUCUGGACUCUUUUGCUGUAGAGUUGUAUGCUGUUCUAAUAAAGAAUGAGUUUAGGC